AUGAAUAAUCACAAUUUAAAAUUUGAAAAUGUAAUUGAUGUGGAUAAUUCAUUAUAUAAUAAUAAUAUUGUUAUAAAUUAUUUUAAUGUGUUUUAUAAUAAAAACCAACCUUAUUUAAUAUGGCCUCAAGAGAGUGAACAUAAUAAUAAUAAUAAUAGUAAUAAUAACGAUUCAUUUGAAUAUUUAAAUUUUUUACCAAUAUUUUCAGAUUGUAAUAGUAAAAUAAAGCAUAUUAAACAAAAAUUUAUACACUUUAAAUGCAUCGAAAAUAAUAAUUUACUAUUUACCUAUUCAAAAUUUAUUUUAACAUUUUAUAAAUUUGAUUCAAUAAAAAAUAAUUGGGAAAUUAUACAGACAUUAAACCACAACGACCUCUUUCCACAGUUAUCGUAUAAAUCAAUUAUAGAAUAUGGUAUCGACACAAAUGUAUUGGUAGUCUAUUGUGCAACCGAUAAGAAACUUUUUCUUUUCAAAAAUGUUUUAGAUAAACCGAAUAUUAAGUUAGAAACAAUACAAAUCGAAGAAUUGGGAAUUAAUAGCUCGAUAGUUGACAUAAAAUGGUCAAAUUUAAUAUUAUCAAUAUGCACAUCCAAUGAAAUCAUAUUUUUAAAAUGGAACUCGAUUCAAGAAAUUGGUAAUAAGAACUAUCAAAUUUAUAGAUUUGUUUAUGACCAAGAUAGUGAUUUUAUAAAAAUGUUAUGGAUAGAUAAUCAAACUCUGCUAGUCUCAACCCAUAUAUCAAUCAAAACCAACCUUGGUAGCAAUAGUAAUGCUUUUGAAAUUUUAAAAUUACCAGAAAAAAAAUCAAUCCAAAUUUUAGAUAUCAUAAAUAAUGAAGAAAAGGACAAAGAAGAAGAGAUAUUAUUUUUAAAGCCCAAUAGUAACAACACAUCAUCAAUCCCAUCAUUAUUUAUGAUAAACUCUUUGGAUAACAACAAAGAGGAUAGUAAUAAUAGUGAGGGUGCCCAAUCACAUAGCAAAAUAUUAGAUAUUACAUCGGAAAUAGAAAUGACAACUGUAUCAAAUAAAAGAAAUAUAGACACUGACAAUAGCAAAUCAUCAAUUUUAUUUUUAAAAUUUAUAGAUAAUGAAAUUAAAUUAAUAAACUCAAUCAAAAUAAAUAAUGAGAUAUCAACACCGGACUUAUUAAGUUUUAAAAUGAAUGGUAUCAAUAAUGGAGGGUAUAUAGGGGUAUCAUCAACACUAUCAAACAAAGUCAAUAUAAUAAAACAUUCAAAUUUCAAAUUAACAGACAAAAAAAUAUUGGAGCUGGCAGAGGAAAAAUACAAAAUUAAAGCUAUAGGUUUUUUAAAUAACAAUAAUAACAACGACGAUAUCAAGAUCUAUUCAUUAGUUUCGGAAAAAUUAAACUCAAAAGGAAUUGGAUUAUCAUUUAAACCAAAAUCAAACUUCAAAGUAUCGUUAUACUCAUAUAUUGUUGAAAAAGCAAUAGAAAUCAAACAACCCCAACCUCAAACCCCUAACGGGUUUUUAAAUUUUCAAAAUAUAAUAAUAGAAAAAUUAACAUCCAUAGAAAAUAUAUUAAAUAAUCAUUCUAAAAGAUUGGAAAAGAUGGAAAACAACAUAGAGCAAAUUCAAAAUCAAUUAAACAAAUAA